GUCAGAAACCUAAGUUUUCAGACGAGUGGAAUUUUUUGGCUCUUGAUUAAUUGGCACAGCCUAAGUUGACUUGCUCUAACGACUACUUCCACUCUUCUACCAAUCAAUUUCCCUCUCAUCUUCUCUCUUCAUAUUUUUCAUUUCUACCUCCUCACACAACUACUAUAUAUAUAAUACCAUAUCAUUUGUGUUCCAAUCAUAGAAUUAAACAUAUCAUCAUUUCUAUGAAAUUUUCAUUCUAAUUCCCAAUUAUUUCACGUCCAUAUCAAGAAUUCCCGAUGACGAAGAAAGUGGUCUUGAAACUAGGAGUUCAUGAUGAAAAGGAUAAGAAGAAGGCCCUGAAAGCAGUUUCUUCUCUUACAGGGAUAGAAUCUCUGGCUAUGGACAUGAAAGAGAAGAAACUGACAGUAGUAGGAGCAGCGGAUCCAAUAGAAAUAGUUGGGAAAUUGAAGAAACAUUGCCACACAGAGCUGGUGAGCGUGGGGCCCGGCAAGGAGGAAGAGAAGAAGAAGGGAGAGCCUAAAAAGGAAGAUCCCAAGAAAACAGAGGCUCAAAAAAUUGAGGAGCUUUUGGAGCUCUACAAGAAGCAUUAUCCAUACUACACACAGAGCUACCAUGUUUACAGUGUUGAGGAAAACCCUAAUUCUUGCGUUAUUUCUUAAUUAAAUUCACACAUAAUUGUGUUUUUUGGGGGAAGAAUUAAAUUAGUGUCUCUCUAAGUUUUGUUUUUGAUAGGAUUUUGAGGUGUUUCCAAUAAGCCAUAUUGGAUGGCGUAGCUGAAUCCUUCUGCAAUAUUUGUAUGUAACACGUUGUUCUUUGAGUUCACGAUUAUUAAGAAGAGUAUAAUAAGUGUAGUAAAAGUGUGUAAA